GGACAUACGGCCUCGACUGGUACGCAGACAGAUCCUCCUCCAACUCCCAAUCAUGGACCAAUCGAGCCCCCAGAGCUCAUGGUCUACCACCAUGGCACGGCUCUCCAGCAAGGCCGGCGUGGUCGCCACGGUGGUAAUAGAUUCCUCGCUGGGAUCCGUGAUACAAACAUCAGGCCACUAUUCUAUAUCCCAUUCGAAGAGCUCUCAGUCUGCCAAUUCUGCACGACCUGCGACGGAGAAUGGGUUAGGGCAAUUAGCGACCGGUUCAUCAGAUCUCGAAGAGCUAGCAGCGAUGGUGUGGAAAUACGUGAAGAGUACGGAAGCAUUGAUUGCUGAUAUAGAUUCAGAAGACGAGAUCAAACUACUUCGACUGCGGACGAGGAAGCAUGAACUUGUAAUCGCACCGGAUCCGAAAUACAUACUUGUUGUUGUGCACGAGAUUUCUGGCGUGUAAGGGAUGUAUGGUACCUUUUCAGAAUUUC